CUCGAACCAACCCGCAAGUGACACACACACACAAACACACACUGCGUUCCACGUUCGCACCCCGUGCGUCAGCUCGGAGUCACCUCUUGCCGUUCUCUCUGUGCAAGUGACCUUCAAUUCCUCAAGGUCUUGGUUACUUGAAGAAUCAUGGCAACGCGGUGUGGACCUCGACUCAGCUACUACCACAAUCUGCUGCGACGCACCGUCCUUCAGUACCAGGACCCCGUGACGGGACUGAUACCGUCGCAGAAGUACGAGAACCACGCCUGGGUGCGCGACAACGUGUACGGCGCGCUCGCGAUCUGGGCCCUGUCGCUGGCCUACCGCAAGAAGACCGAGCUGGACGAGGACCGAGCCCGCACCUACGAGCUGGAGCGGCGCUGCGUCAAGGUGAUGCGCGGACUGCUCCUGGCCAUGAUGCAGCAGAUGGACAAGGUCGAACGCUUCAAGGAGACGCACAGCCCGAUGGACUCCCUGCACGCCAAGUACAACUCCACCUCGGGGGCCACCUGCGUCGGCGACGACCAGUGGGGGCACCUGCAGCUCGACGCGACGUCCCUGUUCCUGCUCGCGCUUGCCCAGUUCACGGCGUCCGGCCUGCAGGUCGUGUACAACCUCGACGAGGUGGCGUUCGUGCAGAACCUCGUCUUCUACAUCGAGGAGGCCUACUGCACGCCGGACUACGGCAUCUGGGAGCGAGGCGACAAGACGAACCGCGGCAUACGCGAGCUCAACUCGAGCUCCGUGGGGCUGGCCAAGGCAGCGCUCGAGGCGCUCAACGAGCUCGACCUGUUCGGCGGUCACGGCGGUCACUCGUCGGUGGUGCACGUCCUGUCGGACGAGGCGCAGGAGUGCGACGCCGUUCUCACGUCGAUGCUGCCGCGCGAGUCCAGCUCCAAGGAGGUGGACGCGUCGCUCAUCGCCAUCAUCAGCUUCCCAGCGUUUGCCGUCACCGACGAGGAGCUCAUCGAACUCACGCGCCGCACCAUCGUCGACAAGCUGAACGGCCAGUACGGCAUGAAGCGCUUCCUGCGCGACGGCUACAAAACGGCGCGCGAGGACCGCAGCCGGCUCUACUACGAGCCGUGGGAGCUGCAGGGUUUCGAGGACAUCGAGUGCGAGUGGCCGCUCUUCUACUGCUACAUGAUGAUCGACGCCUGCUACUGUGGCGACCGCAACACGAUGGACGAGUACAGCGAGAUGCUGGAGCGGGUCUGCAUCCGCACCGACGACGGUCUGCGCCUGAUACCGGAGGUGUACGUCGUGCAUCCGGACAGGGUGAACAGGGAGAAGCAGGAGCCGCACAGCGAGCCCCGUCUGCCCGCCGGACAGAUCCCGUUCCUGUGGGCCCAGUCGCUGUACAUCGUGGCCCACCUCCUGCACGACGAGUACGUCAGCCCGGGCGAGAUGGAUCCCCUCAACAGGCGCCUGGGCAUGAUCAAGAGUCCCGACGUCGUCGUUCAGAUUGCACUUCUGGCUGAGAAUUCUGCGAUGCAGGAGAAGUAUUACAGCCUGUGCCCCGGAAUACAGAAGCUGAGUGAGGUGAACCUGAUGGAGAUACAUCCGGCCAGGAUCUUGGGCCAACUGUACACCUACCUGGGCCGCAACCGCAAGCUGGGCCUCACUGGACGGAUGGGCAGCGAAGUCGGCCUGCUGGCCACCAGCAAGCUGUACAGCCUCCGGAAUGAACUGUUCGUCUUCACGCCCCAGAACCUCGACAGCGAGGAGUUUCACCUCGUCAACGACGUCGACCUGUUUGUCAGCACGCUACGCUCGGACAUCGCGGUGCUUCGCUCGCACUGGCACAUGCUGGGCCGACCCACGAUGGUCGUCAUCCUCAGGCAGCGACAGCUGCACAACGACGAGGUGCCACUUUCGCUGCGGCAGACCAUAAAGAAGCUGCACAGCGGCUACAUCAACGGCGCGCGCGUCUGCCUGGGAAGGCUCAGCGACUUUCUGAACACCUCGUGCAUCGCCAGCCUCGACUUCCUGGGCAACACCGAGGACGGCGAGCCGGAAGUCCUGCCGCCCGUUAUCCAGGAGUAUUUGGAGCGCAAGGACCGCCAAACGGCGACCAUGCGGGCCGGUUACGUGCCGAGCCAUAUUUUCUCAAAAGCACCGAGAAGCAUGUCGCGCCGCAAGUCCACAGUCACUGGCAUGAUACGACGGAGCCGUUCCAUCGCCGGACCGGAGCACAUGGCUGCCGAUAGCGACCACGCCGGGGCGCCGCCAGCGCACGAGUUGAGAGAGCCUUCUCACCUAAUGUCCCGGCGAGCAAGCUCCGUCGAGGUGUCGCUGUCGCCGCCGCCACCGCACAAGGGCUCCUCCGAGCUGCACUUGGACCAGGUGGCGGAGCAAGAGCUUCUCGUGACGCUGCGGCAGACCGACUCGCUCGAGGAGCAGGGAGACAUCCUCCACUACCUGGCCAUGCGCAAGGGUCUCUCCUGGGACACCGGCCUCGGCAAGCCGCACUCGACGAUCACCGUCCGCAACCUGUUCCAGGAGUUCUACGAACACGCGGUGGACGAGCGCAAGUGGGCGCUCGUGCGACACUUUGCCAGCGCGCUCGGCAAGCGAGUCGAAGACCUGGCCAAGUCCGUCACGGACCUGCUCGUGCGUCAGAAGCAGGUGACGGUAGGCAUGCCUCCGCACAGCGAAGAGGUGAUCACGCGGCCCCUGCCCAUCAAAGAGCUGCGCAAGAUCAUCGCGCACGCCCACAAGGGCGACCAGAGCACGGCCAUGCUCACGCAAGAACUACUUGCCUACCUGGCCAUGCUCAUCCGCGCGAGCCCGCACCUGUUCAACGGGAUGCAGCGUCUGCGCGUCGGCCUCAUCAUACAGGUGAUGGUGGGCGAGGUAGCGCGCACGAACCGUUGCCCCAUGGACGACGCAGCCGACAUCCUGCUAGGCCUGAGCCCGUUCGAGAUGCAGUCGCUGCUCCUGGACAUUGUCAGCGGCAAGGAGCGCGAGGAGGGUACAAGUAUACGCGUGGCCGCCGGCGGAACCGGCACCCCGACCCUGACGUCGCGCAGGCGCUCCGUGGCCGACGUGUUCGCGCACAGCAGCGAGUUCGAGGAGUCGUCGCUCGGCAUCGAAACGCAGGGCCUGUGGCUUCGUCGUCGAAGACUGGAUGGCACCCUGAACCGUGUGCCCUUCGGCUUCUACGCGCACGUCUGGUUUAUCCUGGAGCGCUGCCCCGGGGUCUGGGUGCGCGGAUACUGCCUGCCCCAGGGCCUCACCAAGGAGAUGACCACCGGAGAGACCAAGUUCGCUCUGCGCGUCGAGGAGAUGCUGAACAUGGUGGCGGAGCCCGAGUACCGGCAGCUGCUGGUCGAGGCUCUGAUGGUGAUCAGCCUGGCCGUGGAGAAUGACACGGUGGCCAACUUCAAGAUGCCCAUCGACGUCGAGUCCAUCGUGCAGCGCGCCAACGGGCUGUUCCUAGACGACCAACGCUCCUGCCAGGGGAACGCCACGCUCUGCUGCACGUCUCCGCGUGGCGAUAUGGCGUGCCAGAGUUCAGUGGGCAUCUGCGAGCACUUCUACGACUCGGCGCCCAGCGGCACCUACGGCACCAUGACGUACCUGAUGCGCGCGGUCGCCUACACGCUGCCCGAUGUCAACAUCUCCCUGGACUGCAUGCCCUCGUGACUCCGCCUCAGUAUCGGCUGUUCCCUAGAUUCCCACGAAUGUUGCCUUUCGCAUUAGCGCCUUUUCUU